AUCACUGAUUCAGGGCAGAUGACACUCGGUAUUUCGUGUAGUGGUCUCCUUGAGAGCAGCAUGCGGCUGAAGCCCCAUGAAGCCCAGAGCUACAGGAAGAAGGCGCUCUGGGUCUCCUGGAUCUCCAUUGUGGUCACACUCAUACUGGCUGUGGCAGCUUUCACUGUAUCAUUCAUGAGACACAGCGCAUCAGCCUUUGGAUUUGCCUUUGAUGCCACGCUGGACGUCCUGUCAUCAGUCAUUGUCCUCUGGCGCUACAGCAAUGCAGCAGCAGUGCACUCUGCACACAGAGAGUAUAUAGCAUGUGUGGUCCUUGGGAUUGUGUUUGUUCUCUCCUCCUUGUGCAUCCUUGGGAAGGCCAUCCAUGAUCUGGCAACCAAGAUGCCGCCAGAAGUGGAUGACUUCCUCUUCAGUGUGUCCAUAGUGAGUGGACUCACAUGUGCUGUGCUGGCUGUGGCCAAGUUCAUGUUGGGAAGAGUGCUGACUAGUCGAGCACUUAUCACUGAUGGGUUUAACUCUCUGGUUGGAGCUAUCAUGGGAUUCUCCAUUCUGAUCAGUGCCGAAGUCUUCAAGCACCAUGCUGAUGUCUGGUUUCUGGAUGGCACCAUCGGAGUUCUGAUUGGACUCAUCAUUUUGGCAUAUGGGGUCAAACUCCUGAAGGACAUGGUGCCCCGUGUGAGACAGACGAGGAACUACGAACGCUUUGAGUGA